GUCUUUUGGGAUUUUCUGGUGGUGGGGAUCGACUACGGUGUAGUUUGCGGUGCCCAAAGAGCGCAUAUUCCUGUGGAAGACGUGAGAAAGAGACAGCGGCCGUAGGAGUGUAUGUGGUAGUCCGUAGUGAAGUCGUCGAAGGCCCUAGGAAAAUGGCCGAAGGACGCGAGUCACGGGUGUUUUCCACCAAAAGUCUCUACGAGUUAAGCAUAUCUGCUGUCGCCGACAAGUUCCUUUUAUUCAAGAAACAUAGCGCGUAUCUUCCGGAGAACGUAUUUUUUGAUCUCUACUAUCAGUUGUAUAAAGACAAAAAGUUAUGUUUGCUGGGUAUGGAAUUAAGCGACCUGCAAACAUUCUCCAGGAUGCUCAAAGUUACAAAUCGUCGUAUACAUCUACUACAAAUCUUCCAGGCUCUUAUGGAUCAUGGUACAAGAGUUGGAAAGGAGCUGGCACUCAGCUACGAUGUCUGUCAUUUUGGUAUAGGAGAAAGUACCACAGCGAAAGAAAAUCUCAUAAAUCUAGGUCUGAGGUUGGGUGGAUUCUUAAGUGAUGCCGGCUGGUACUCGGAGAGUGAGAAAGUUUUACUCGCUUGCAAGGAACUGUGUCUAUCAGCCAGUCAAAGACCGCAGAAUUGGUGCAGAACUUUGGAUUGUUGUCACAAAUUAUUACACGCACAAGCGGCAUACUGUGCGUUUCGAGGAGCUGAAAAGACACACGCGUUAGCACUGACCAUGGUCGAUAAAUUAGAGACUGCACGUUAUGAAGGUGCCAAUCAUGCUGCUCUGUACACAGAGUUCAGUGUACUCUUCUUCACACGAAGCGAAUACCAUUUGGCGUACAGAUGGAGUGUUGAGGCUUUGAAACAGCUGGGACCAAUGCUUCCUGCGAGAAUAACAAUUGAUGUUCUACGGCAAGCUGCAAAAUCAUGUGUAGUGAAACGCGAAUUCCAGAAAGCUGGACUACUGAUCAGACAGGCUGUGUAUCUCGCAAGAGAAGUCUUCGGUACCGAUCAUCCAAAGUACAGCGACGUUCUUAUAGAUUAUGGAUUUUACUUGUUGAAUUACGAUAGUAUUAUCAACAGUGUAACAGUCUAUAGGGCUGCAUUAGGUAUUAGAAAGGCGAUAUUUGGUAAAACUAAUCUUCACGUCGCCAUAGCACAUGAGGACCUUGCUUAUGCUCUUUACGUACAUGAAUACAGUUCCGGUAAAUUCCAACAGGCAAGUGAUCAUGCCGACAAAGCCAUUGAUAUUAUGGAGAAACUAUUACUUGAGGAACAUUUAAUGCUGGCUAGCGCAAAAAGAGUAAAGGCUUUGAUUUUGGAAGAAAUUGCAUUGGACAGCGCACCAGCACCAGUCUCCGAGCAGGAUUUACUCCACAAAUCUGAAUGUCUUCAUUUAUCUGCCCUUCAUUUGGCAAAAACAGCAUUCGGCGAAAGAAACGUACAAACCGCGAAGCACUAUGGCAAUUUAGGAAGAUUGUACCAGAGCAUGAGAAAGUUUCAGGAAGCGGAAGCUAUGCACUUAAAAGCAAUUAGUAUCAAGGAAGAACUAUUAGGACCUCAGGAUUAUGAGGUUGGAUUGAGUAUAGGACAUCUGGCUUCUCUAUAUAAUUUUCACAUGAAUCGCUACAGGGAUGCUGAGAAAUUGUAUUACCGCAGUAUUGCGAUCAGUCUAAAAUUAUUUGGCAAGAGCUACAGUGGACUUGAGUACGAUUACAGAGGACUAUUGCAUGUUUAUACGAAAUUGGACGAAUACCACAAGGUUCUGGAAUACACGGAUACCCUGACUCAUUGGAAGGAGUUAAGAUUUAGGCAUGUACAGUCGGAAGACCCACCAAUCGAUUUAAUGAGGCGUCCACAGCCAAUUGAGGAUGUAAUUGAAACGUUUUUCUCCAUGUAAUGUAUACACACCACGAGACGAAUGUUGUCUUCGCGCAAAUUUUCAACCCAAACUGAAACAUCAUCAUCAAAUAGAAGAUACUAAUUCGUUCACAACAAAAUGAUGAAAGGAAGAGAAAAAAGAGAGGCGAGAAAGAAAAAAGAAAGCGUAAUCACGUCCCGACAGUUUCUGUGAACCUUUCACCGAUUUACUGCUUCACGUUAUCAAGAUAUUUACUUUGUAUAUAACUGUAGCCAUAAAUGCGUUUGGAAAACGUUA